UAUAUUUCAUCAUUACUUGUUUCCAUUGCAAAUGAAGAAGAGUUUCAGAAUAAAAGAAGACUCUAGGACGAGUUCACCCACUUUGGAUAACGAGUCUGGUUCCAAUCUACCACACAAGCAGAUGCAGGGAUCUGUUUCUACAGCUGAGUGGACCAAUGAGAAACACAGCAUGUAUCUUAAGUCUAUGGAAGCAACUUUUGUUGACCGAUUAUAUGCUUCCAAGGAAAUGUCUGGCCAGUUCAAGGUCCUUCGAAGUGGCAGUUGGCAAAAGAUCAGUUUUGUGAGAGAGAAUCCACAAAUGAGGAGACUAAACGAGUGCCAUGAUUUAAAGGCAAAUCCAUGGAUUCAGCACUACCAAUCUUCGGGCAAACAAGGAAGUUUAGCUGCUCCAAUCGUUGAAGAAAUUGUUAGUUCCCCAAGUCAAGUUGUUGAUUUAGGUCAAAAAAAGAGAUUUUCCUCUGUAUCAGCAACAGUUUCAGGGCACCUUCAUUUGUGUGAAUCUCAUAUGUUUCCCCAUGACUUGGUUUGUAAUGACACAGAGAUGACAGAUCAGAACUUUACUGAUGAAGCAGUGGAUGGAGAAAAGGAAUACAACAGAAGAAAAGGGAAAGACUAAAAAACUUUGAUGCUGUACUGAUCAGAUCGUCCCUAUCUAUAAAUCAUCUGCUGGAGAUGUUACCAAAGAUUUUUGUUUCUUCUGCUUAGAAUAUGGAGUUCGUGGGAAUGUGAGACGCUUUGAAGUUUUCCGAAGAGAACUCUUAUAAGCGGAAAGUGAACGUGCUAAUUGUUAGAUUUGACUUGUUACAAAAAUUCUAAAAGGUAAGAAUCAGGAGAUGUUUUUUAUGUGUACGCGAAUGCUUGGUUUUGUAGAGUGGUGAGUGAGCGACGAUGAAUA